CCUUCCUGCCCGCUCCACCUCCAGGCGAAGGGCGACGCCUCGAGAUAAAAGCGAGUAGGUGCGGGAGGCGGCAGCUGCGCGGGCCUAGGGGUCCCGGAAAAGCCAAAACUCUGUUCUGUAGGGACCGGCGCGAAGGCAGCCGGGGAGCGGGGGAGCUGACGCAUGGAGCCGAGUCCCGACUGUGAUGCAGCAGUCACUGCAGGACCUAAGGCGUCCUCCACGGAGACGUCCGCGGUCGCCGCCAAGUCCUCGGAACCCGAGGACUACCACAGCAAGUGCGUGUUCUGCCGGAUCGCCCGGCAGCAGGAAACCAACACCGAGCUCCUGCACUGUGAGAAUGAAGACCUAGUUUGUUUCAAAGAUAUCAAGCCGGCAGCACCUCAUCAUUAUCUUGUGGUGCCAAAGAAGCACGUUGGAAACUGUAAAGAGCUAACGAAAGAUCACAUAGAAUUGGUUGAGAGCAUGGUAACUGUUGGAAAAGCUAUUCUUGAAAAAAAUAAUUUCACUGACUUCACAGAUGCAAGGAUGGGAUUUCAUAUGCCUCCAUUCUGUUCCAUUUCUCACUUGCACCUUCAUGUUAUGGCUCCAGUCCGUCAGUUUGGCUUCUUAUCAAAGUUGGUUUAUAGAGCUAAUUCCUAUUGGUUUAUCACUGAAAUAAAGUCUUUGCUUUCACUUUUUGGCGGUCAGUUCUUCAGCGGUCAGGAAACUUAUGGAAAGUCUCCAUUUUGGAUCCUUAGCAUCCCUUCUGAGGAUAUUGCGAGAAACUUAAUGAAACGGACAGUGUGUGCCAAGUCUAUAUUUGAACUGUGGGGUCAUGGAAAAUCUCCCGAAGAGCUGUACAGUUCUCUUAAAAAUUAUCCUGUGGAGAAGAUGAUUCCAUUUCUGCAUUCUGAUUCUACAUAUAAAAUAAAGAUUCACACAUUUAAUAAAACAUUGACACAGGAAGAAAAAGUCAAACGAAUAGAUGCACUUGAAUUUCUGCCAUUUGAAGGAAAAGUGAAUUUGAAGAAGCCACAGCAUGUAUUUUCUAUUUUGGAGGAUUAUGGCUUGGACCCAAACUGUAUCCCUGAGAAUCCACAUAAUAUUUAUUUUGGUAGAUGGAUUGCAGAUGGACAGAGAGAGCUUAUUGAGUCAUAUAGUGUCAAAAAGAGACACUUUAUUGGAAAUACAAGCAUGGAUGCUGGGUUAUCAUUCAUCAUGGCUAACCAUGGAAAAGUGAAAGAAAAUGAUAUUGUCUUUGAUCCAUUUGUUGGAACAGGUGGCCUCCUGAUAGCGUCUGCUCAUUUUGGUGCAUAUGUAUGUGGGACAGACAUAGACUACAACACAGUUCAUGGCUUGGGAAAGGCUAGUAGGAAAAACCAGAAAUGGAGAGGACCAGAUGAAAACAUUAGAGCAAAUCUUCGUCAGUAUGGUUUAGAGAAAUUUUACCUCGAUGUCCUGGUUUCAGAUGCAUCUAAACCUUCCUGGAGAAAGGGCACAUAUUUUGAUGCAAUCAUCACUGAUCCUCCAUAUGGUAUCAGAGAAUCUACCAGAAGAACAGGUUCACAAAAGGAAAUACCAAAGGGAAUAGAAAAAUGUCCAGAAAGCCACGUUCCUGUUUCCUUGAGUUAUCAUCUGAGUGAUAUGUUUUUCGACCUGUUAAACUUUGCAGCUGAGAGCCUGGUAUUAGGUGGAAGACUAGUCUAUUGGUUACCAGUGUAUACACCAGAGUACACAGAAGAGAUGGUGCCCUGGCACCCGUGCCUGACACUCAUCAGCAACUGUGAACAGAAGCUUUCCAGUCACACGUCAAGGCGCUUGAUCACAAUGGAAAAGGUGAAGGAACUGGAGAACCGGGACCAGUAUUCACAACUGCGAAGUGAUCAUUUUCUGCUCUACCAAGGCCAUAAUUCCUUCCGUGAGAAAUAUUUCAGUGGAGUGACAAAAAGAAUUGCCAAGGAAGAAAAACCCAGCCAGGAGUGAACAUUAAGAUUUUGAAAGACAUCUGGAUGUGAACUUUCAUGUGGGAUCCAGAAAACCUGUACUAUUUUAAAACUUUAUGGUGUAUAUAUAAAUGCUACAAAGUAAGCAGAUCCUUGGAAAUUGUUGUUUUAGAGGCUAUUUUGUUGUAUGCAAUGUAAUAUCUUUUGAACUUUAAUUUAUAUUUAUACUUUUAAGUAUUAAUGGGGUUGUAUUCAAAAUUGUUAUAUUUUUUACAAUUUAUAGAGGGAACUAAUAUUGACUUUUUACACAUAUCAACCAGAUGUCAAGGCAAGUAGUAAUGGUUAAAAAUUUAUUCAGGGGCUGGCACUGAGGCAUAGUGAAUAAAGCCGCCACCUGCAGUGCCGGCAUCCCAUAUGGAUACUGGUUUGAGUCCCAGCGGCUCUAUUUCUAUCCAUCCCUCUGUUAUGAUGAUGAUCCAUGUCCUUGGGUCCCUGCAUCCAUGUGGGAGACCUGGAGUGAAUCAGUGGAUGGAAGACCCACCCCCCCUCUGAAACUCUCUUUCAAAUAAAUAAAUAAAUCUUAAGAAAAAAAUUUAUUCAUUAAGUAAGUGAAUUUGGGUUUUUACUGUAACUGAUUUUUGUUGUCAAUAAUAAACCUUUUGGGAAUUUCUAAAAUCA